GAUCCGAGGUGAAAUUAGUAGCAAGAAAGCAUGUAAUUGACAAAGUCACGUGGCUCAGGGGGCCAGAAACUGGAGAGAGAAGAGAAAAAAAUCAAAAGAGGGAAAGCACAUUAGACCAUGCGAGCUAAAUUUGUGAUCGCACAAAAUCAAGAUGUUAGAUUGAUGCGGAAGAUCACUCCGUUCCGAAGGGAAAGUUUUCAUCUCACGAGUUUGGAGCAGAGGGCCCGUGGGGCAACAUGGCCGAAGGCGGGGCAAGCAAAGGUGGUGGAGAAGAGCCCGGGAAGCUGCCGGAGCAGGCAGAGGAGGAAUCCCAGGUUUUGCACGGAACUGGCCACUGUAAGUGGUUCAAUGUGCGAAUGGGAUUUGGAUUCAUCUCCAUGAUAAACCGAGAGGGAAGCCCCUUGGAUAUUCCAGUCGAUGUGUUUGUACACCAAAGCAAAUUAUUCAUGGAAGGAUUUAGAAGCCUAAAAGAAGGAGAACCAGUGGAAUUCACAUUUAAAAAAUCUUCCAAAGGCCUUGAAUCAAUACGGGUAACUGGACCUGGUGGGAGCCCCUGUUUAGGAAGCGAAAGAAGACCCAAAGGGAAGACACUACAAAAAAGAAAACCAAAGGGAGAUAGAUGCUACAACUGUGGUGGCCUUGAUCAUCAUGCUAAGGAAUGUAGUCUACCUCCUCAGCCAAAGAAGUGCCAUUACUGUCAGAGCAUCGCGCACAUGGUGGCAAACUGCCCACAUAAGACUGUGGCGCAGCCGCCCGCCAGUUCUCAGGGAAGACAAGAAGCAGAAGCACAGCCAUGCACUUCGACUUUUCCUCGGGAGCUGGGGGGAGGGCAUGGCUGCACGUCACCGCCGUUUCCUCAGGAGGCGAGGUUCGAGAUCUCAGAAUGGCCGGGAAGGUCAUCUCAAGAAGCUUCCUCCGCGAAGUCCUCCGCAGCGCCGGAAGAACCAAGCAAAAAGGGGCCUUCUGUCCAAAAAAGGAAAAAGACAUAAUGCUUCUUCCUAAGUAUCAUUUUCUUUCCCCGGAUGGGAUGUCUACCUCAUGCAAGUACAGGGGAGCAGUAUUUCACAGCAGCAGCUGACUUGGGAUUUUUAACUACUGUUGAGGAACUGUGAAUUUUUUUAAACAGACAAAUCACUCUAAGCAAAUUACAUUUGAGCAGGGUGUCAUGUUUUGCGUUAUUCAGAGAAUGAAGUACUAUGUAUAUCUGUAUGUGCAUGUGUGAGAGGGAGAGAGCCUGAGUCUGUGUGUGUGUGUGUAGGAGGAGUCGAUAUAGCAAUGUAGACACAUACAUAAAGCAGGUUUGUCUUUCUUAUGUGUCUAUAGUUAUAAGCACACACCCUCCCUCACCGAAUUGGACAUCCCCAAGAAUUGAAAACCCAUAGGAAGCAUUUUAGAUGGUUUCAAAGAUAACCCCUGGAGUUUUUUUUCUUGAAAUACCACUCCCUUUAUAUUACAUUACAAUAAACACAUGACUGUUACCUUUUGUGUGAACCAAAGGCUACUUCAGAUCUCAGAGCUGCCAGUCCUAUGGUACUAAAGGUUUUAAGUCAUCAGUUUUCCCAAGUUUGGGAUUGCCUCUUUUUCUUGGUAUCUGUAGAGUGUUUCCCCCUACCCCAACCCCCUUUGAAGGCAGUACCUUAACUCCAUAUGCCUCUGACUGCCAUAAGCUUUUUUGAAUCUGGGAUACAUAACUCCAGAAAAGACAAUGAAUGUGUAAUUCCUGUGCCGAUAUUUCCAUGUUUUUAAUUCAUACGUUUUGAUUGUAAAUUAGAUGCCUACUCAGAAAAAUGAAGGGGGAGGGCAAUGUAUAAAUGUAGUGACUUGAUUGUUUUCAGUGGUAUUUUGAUACCAGCUCAUUAUAAUCUUUUACAUGUUGUCAAGUUUUGAAGGGAUUGUGGCAACAGCUUCCCUUGACGAAGUUAGUCCGAACCAUCACUUCAAGCAGGGGUUCUCCUUGCUUACUACUGAAGACUUCGGAGGAAAGCUCCAGUCGUUUGGUGUAUUUUUUUGGUGGCUGUUUUCCGCCCCCCCCCCCGACCCCAGAGAGUUAUCUGACUUGUUUCUAAAACAAAACAGCACAGGUAAGAAUAAAAUACCAGGGUUGAGAAUGAAAAUUAAGUGGAUGUUCAUCAUAGCCCAAUAUGUUUGCCCUGUGAAGGAAAUCAAAAAGCGCAGCGUUUGGUGGCAGACAGCUGGAGUGAUGGGCCUGGGGCAGAGGUUCCAGAGCCUCUCCCACCAGAGAGCUACAAGAAUUUCAUACAUUAAGAUGAAUUUGACAGAGGUUCCCUUCAUUACUCAUGCUGAAGUAAUCGAAAUGGUGGAUUUAGGACGGACAUUCAGUAAUGGGGAUAGAGACGCUUCUCAGGUUGGUCCUCAGUUAUGUGAGUAAACUGGCCUGGGACCAGUCCUCAGAUUGGUCCCUUUAGGUUUCAGUCAUUUAAAAAAAAAAAAUGUUGGUGUCCUCCUGGUUCUAGAUGUUAUGGGUAAAUUUCUGAAACAUCUCCAAGAAGGUGCCAAUUAGUUAUAAUGCUUCACAUUGGCAAUAAACAACGUUUUGUUCGAGCCUGUUGGUGUAAGCUCAGAUAAUCAGAAGAAAAGAAUAGCAUGAGUCAAAUGAGACCUAUUCUGUUGAGCAGCUUCUGCUCCCUCCCCAACUUGUCCUGCCCAGGGGUCUCAGGCAGUUCCUGCUGUUUGAGCAACCCAGCAUCAGGAGGAAAUGCCUCAGGCUGGGCUGCCAGUGUUUCUUGCUCAGCUUGAAUUCCAGGACAGUGUUUGUGAGACUCUCCAUGGUGUAUACUGAAAUAUCCGUGUGCUGUGAUGCAAAGCUUACCUUUGACGAUAUUGAAUGUGAUAUAUAGCUGUAGAGAAGUACUUCCUUGCCUUAUGUGAGGAUUGUAAGCUUAUUUAAAUUAUGUAGACAAAUCAAAGUGGCAUUGCUUAAUUUUUAGCAGGCAAAAGAAGCAGGUUAACAGUAAAAAUGCAAAACAUAAUAAGUCACUUUGAAAAUUCAAACCAAAGUUCCUUGACUUUAUAGACAUAGGAAAUUAUGGACUCGAGAAUUGGACAUUCCCUGUUUACAUAUAAAAAGUUCAGAGCUAAGAUCACGGUAAAAAAAAAAAAAAAGCAUUUUAUAACUGGACCUUAUGGGUGCAAUUUAAAAUCAUUUUAAGCAUCUUACAAGACUGAACUAAGAGCACAUACCAAACCUAUCUUAUGAUUAAAAACUGGGGUUUAUUUUUUAUAUAAAAAUAUUAUCACUAUUACAUAACAUACUCAGGACAAAGAACUUUGCUCAGGGAACAUACCAUAUAAUGUUGUUGUUGUUUCUUUACAGAAUAGUCUACAGUCCUGCUUGCUCAAAACAAACCAAAUAACUUAGACCUCUGUAUAAGUAUUAUGUACCGAUGUUAGUCAUAACUACCUCUGAGUUUGAUCAAAUUUUCCGAAUAUCAGAUAUCAGUUUUCCUAUUUUUAUUUCCCGUGAAAAGUACAUUAAAGCAAAAUUCCCAAACUCCUUGCAUAUGUGAAUAUCACUGAUGUGAGCACACGUCCAUUUACAUGGGUGAAAUAUUCUGUUUACAGCAAAAGGCUACCUCAUAGUUGAUGCAUCGCACACCUUUAUGCUGCUCCAGCCUUACAGCUGGCUGAUACUUCUCUGGUACAGAACCUUUUAAUCUAUAUUAUAGAUAGCAAUUCACAACUAUGUUGCUAACAAACACUUGUGAAGAAUGACGCAUCUCAUUUAGUUAGCAAAGUCUCCAAGCAUUUCUUUAAAGUUAUCAUGUAUUUAAUUUAAAGACUUAUGGGCACCCUUCCACUUAAGCAAAACAAAACACAGAGGCAAUCUUGGAAAUAGCUGCUUUGCCCGGAGGUCAAGGGCAGGAAGGGGUAGCGGAGAAGAGAUUGGCGUAUGAGUGUGUUCGCGCUGGGCAAAAGUAUAAAGGAUGCUGAUCUCCAUAUUUGUGCCUGUGCUGCCCUGAGGCCAAGCAUAGUUCAGCAUUAUUGCCCUAGGCACAUAACUAACUAGCACUGGCUUGCCAAGGAGUGAACAUAGAGUAAACGUGCAAUGCCAUUUCUAGCUACUGAGGAGAAGGGUCUGUGUGAAGCAUCAGUUUACAGGGGUUACUAAUGGGUUGGUCAGGAGGUCUGUGAAUUUGUUGCCCCUUGAUCUCACCCCCAUGUCAACACAAAUGUAAUCCCUAAGAAAGAUGCGCUACCAGUCUCUUAGCCCUGGGAGCUAUUCAUUACUACAUGGCAGAUUAUAGUAGAAACCUUUUUAUACUUGCAUUUCUAGUCUUUACUAGAAGAGUUUGGAUGUAUUUUUACAACUGAAACAUUUUAAAAGAUUUUUACCUGCGUAUAACUUGGAAGUUUGGUGUGCAAUGUAGGGAAAAAGAUCAAGAAACAUCAUGUUAUUAACAUCGAUCCAUCUAUAAACAUAGGCUGUUUUAAUGCCAAUAUUUUAAAAUGUUCUGGCCCAGUUUUAUUUUGCACCAGUGUGGCCCCAAGUUACUGCUAGUUGUAUUUAGUUUGUGAAUAGAAGCCCAUAAGUGUUAAUAGACUUUGUAACAUUCACUGUAAGAUGAAUUAUACAGGACAUGGGAAAUCUCAUUAAGUCUUAAAGUUAAUUUAAAUUAAUUUAUCUGUUUUCUCUAAGAAAUGUUUAUCAUAAAAUAUAUGUGUGUAUUUCCCCUUUGGUUAUAAAAUUUGGGAAAGUGUGUACAAGUGCAGCUGCACUGACUUUAAUUUUCUAGAUGUCUUAAUGAGAUUUAUUUGUUUUAGAAAAGAACAACUCAUGAAGAGCAUCAAGUUCUGUCUUACAUAGCUGACAGCAGCCUCUUUGAGAUGUGGUGGUUGUGUGACCUGUGUCAUAGUUGUUCAGUUAGAGGUUGACCUAUGAAUCGUUCUUAAAUUUUAUAUCUGGAACAAAGCUGCGAAGUUAUGGUAAAGUACUGUACUGUGAGAAACUGUUACAAUUAUUUAAUACAUCUGUGGCUUAACACUUGUGAGUGUUACCAGCUUGAAAAUGAUGGUGUUGACUACCUCUUGAAUUACUUAGUAUCUAUCAACCACUGGCACCCACCGCCAAGCUGGCUUUCAUUAGUAUGUGUUGCUUUUUGGUAUUAACAACUCUAACCAUACUAGAGACCAAAGUGAACACUGAUUUCUAUAUGUCUUUAAUAUGGUGUUUUAUCUAGUGUUUUUAAAUUAUCCUGUGUAGUAAUUAGAUUACCUCAUUGUCCAUUUUGGCUCAUGUUGUUUACAAGUGAAAAUAAAAAACACUUGAACUAUAUGUUUUUAAAGGACAAAAAAGGAGUAGAUGUUCGGAAUGGCAUUUCACUCGUGUACAGUCAUCUCGAUGGACUAGAGUACUGUUUACCUUUCUGCAGACCAAGGAUUUUAUAUUCUCAUUUCAUGCCUAAUGUCUUACUCUGUCAAUUAUGGAUCUUUUGAGGUUUAAAAAAUUACUUGAUUAAAAAAUAAAACAUAU